AUGGCACGCCAAGUGAUUGUCAUCGCCGCUCUACUCAUGGUAGCCAUUGUUGGUGUGGCCCUGGCCGAUGAAGCCCCAUCAGCAUCACCUAAGUCAGCACCAACACCAUCAUCAUUACCAAAAGCACCAACAUCAUCACCAAAGGCACCGGCACCAUCAUCCCCCAAGGCAUCACCACCAACCUCAUCUCCUCCGACAACUUCCCCUGUUGUUGAGGAAGAGCCCGCCUCCCCACCGGCCCCAGGCAGCGAGGAAAUUGAAUUGGGUGCCCCCGUGCCCGCUCCUGCCAAUGAAGUGGCCGUUGAGGAGCCUGUUCCAGCUGAGACCACCACUAGCAUCGCCUCUACCCUUAGAGUGCCUGCUAUCAUUGUUGUCAUCGCUAGCUUCUUCGCCUUCUAA